AUGAGCGAUAGCAAAGACAAUGUUUCGCUUUUCGACCACACGUCUGGUGCAUCCGUCGCCCCUGCUGCUACAGCUGACCUUAGCGUUUGUUCCCAGUGGCAGACUCGUGACGCUAAUGCCCGCCUAGCCAUUCGCAACCACCUACCGCUAGCCGAACUCAAGCAUUUUGGCGAGCACAAAACCGCUAAGGCCCUGUACGACGCUGUAGUUGCUCGAUACUCCUCCCCUGCCACUGCUGAGCUUAGCCGCCUCAUGCUGCCGUACCUGUUUCCUGAGUUGUCCACAUUUCCCACCGUUGCCGAUCUCAUCACCCACCUUCGCACUAGUGACACUCGCCUUUGCGCCUCCGAUCUCACUGUCGACCUCCUAGAGGAGCAACUCCUUGCAGCAGAGAAGAGCAUAGUCGCUGUAGGUGCUGCUCGUGGCGCUCCUCGCACCCCCAUCUUUGAGGGGUGCUCUCCCUCUCCCCUCGCCCCCUCCUUCGCUACUGCUGCUGCUGUUGACUUCCUUGGUGCUGAGUCUGCUGGUGCUGCUUCUGCUCCUAGUGGGAGGCGCCGCAACGGCAAGGGCAAGGGAGCCAAGGGCAGUGUAGGUGGCAACGGGGGGGGUGGUGGUGGAGGAGGUGGAGGAGGAGGAGGUGGCGGAGGGGCUGGUGGUGGGAGUGCUGGCGGGAGUGGCAGUGGCAGUGGAGGCAGUGGAGGCGGAGGGGGUGGCAGCGGCAGUGGCGGCAGCGGUGGCGGCCGGGGCGGUGGUGGCGGCAGCGGUGGCGGUCGGGGUGGAGGCACUGGCGCUGGCCAGAGCCAGCAGCAGCAGCAGCGUCCCCAGACAUCCCAGCAGCUUCGUGAGUGGCUUGCUCAGCGUGGGAAGUCUGGGGGUGGUGGUCGCUGCCCUUAUGUCAUUCGCACAGGUGACCGCAAGGGUCAGACGUGCAACAAGUUCCACACCCAGUACCGCUGCUUCUCUCGUCUUGACGACGCCUGGCGUGAGGAGAUGGGCGAGGAGUUAGACCGCCCUCGCUGGCAUGAGCUGUAUCGGGCUGGUGUAGACAUUUUUGCUCUUGACUUUGAUGCUAUUAUCUCUGCUAUGUAUGCAUUGGAAGUUAGUGCUGAUGGUGACUGUUAUCUGUGUAUGCCGCCUGACCCAGGUAUAGAAGGUGUUGCCUUAGGUGUGAGCGAGUCUGCUCCUCCAUGUAUAGAGUCAAUUGCCUUCUUAGGAGCAAGCGAGUCUGCUCUCUCAGGUACUGCGCCUGCUGAGGCCUUGCACACCUUCACGCUUGACUCAGGUGCUUCCCGCUGUUUCUUCCGUGACAGUACUGCACUCACACCACUCCCAGCACCUGUUCCAGUCCGCUUGGCUGACCCCUCCGGGGGCCCAGUUCUUGCACAUUCCUCCACUGUGCUUCCGUGCCCGGCGGUCCCGUCUGGCUCACUGUCAGGUCUCCACCUCCCCUCGUUCUCGACGAACUUGGUGAGCAACGCUGCCCUUCAGGAUACGGGGGUUAAUACCUUCACCCCUGCAUGGCAGCGUGUGGCGAUCUGCACGUGUGCACAGACUGGCCGUCACCUGGCCACGUUCACUCGUUGGCAAGGGUCGAGUCUCUACACACUGACCACUGCGUCUCCUCAGGUCGCUGCUGUUGGUGAGGUGUUUGCGUCAGGUCUGGUAGCCUCCCCUUGUGAGUGUCGCUCCUUGUCGCACCAGACUCUUCUCUGGCACCACCGUCUGGGUCACCCCUCCUUGCCACGUCUACGUGGCAUGCACCGUCGCCUCCUUGUGUCUGGUCUUCCCAGGUCUCUGCCUCCCCUCCCUGCCUCGCCUGCGCCGCCCUGCCUUCCUUGCGUCGAGGGGCGGCAGCGCACCGCUCCUCACUCCUCCUCGUUCCCCCCGACAGAGGCUCCCUUGCAGACCCUCCACCUGGACGUGUGGGGCCCAGCCCUUCGUCUCCAGCUCCGCGGCCGGUUCCGGUCAUACCUUCCUGUCCUGCGUCUGCACUCUGACAGAGGUGGUGAGUUCUCCUCCGACCUCUUGCGGGCCUUCUGUCAGGGGGAGGGCAUCGAGCAGUCGUUCACGCUUCCGGGCUCACCGCAGCAAAAUGGGGUUGCUGAGCGCCGCAUUGGUUUGGUCAUGGAGAUCGCUCGUACCUCCAUGAUCCAUGCGGCUGCUCCCCAUUUCCUGUGGCCGUUUGCAGUCCGGUACGCUGCGCAGCAGCUCAACCUCUGGCCCCGUGUGUCCUUGCCGGACACCUCGCCCACACUGCGUUGGACGGGGGAGGUUGGUGAUGCGUCGCGCUUCCGGGUCUCGGGUGCACGUGCCCUUGUCCGCGAUACGUCCGCGGACAAGCUCUCCUCCGGCACCAUUUCCUGUGUCUUCCUUGGCUUUGUCCCUGACGCGCCUGGCAGGCAGUUUCACCACCCCACCUCGCGCAGGGUCUUCGCCUCCCAGGACGUCACCUUUGACGAGUCGGUUCCUUUCUACCGUCUCUUCCCCUACCGCACUGCCCCUCUCCCUCCCCCGCCCCUUUUUCUCGCUCCAGGUCCCCCUCCGGUAGACCCCCUCCCCCCUCAGGGUCCUGCUCCCUCAGGUGUGUCUCAGGUAGACCCACUCCCCUUGGCUGAGCCUUUGGAGGUCACUUCUGACACCUAUGGCCCGGCUGAGGGGGGUGACGUUGCUACUGACGCCCCGGCUGAGCCGGUUACUGUUGACUCUGGUGCUGCUGGGGGUGGUGCUACUCGGGGUGCUGCGUCUGGGGGUGCUGAGCCUGUGCGUGAGGUGCUGGGGGCUGUGGAGCCUGAGGGUGCUAAGCCGGAGGGUGCCGGGUCGGGGGGUGCUGAGUCUGCUGGCGUUCCUCAGGGUCUUGUUUCCCGGCGGGGACCUCUCUCACCACAGCAGCUACGAGAGUGGCUUGCGUGGCGUACCCGCCUGAGACGUCGUGCUGUCGACCCUGGAGUUGGAGACCCUGGAGCUGGAGGUGCUGGUUCUGGGGGUGCUGCUGCUGCGGGUUCUGGGGCUGGAGACCCUGCUGCUGGAGGUGCUGGUUCUGGGGGUGCUGCUGCUGGAGGUACUGAGGCUGGAGACCCUGGAGCUGGAGGUGCUGGUUCUGGGGGUGCUUCUGCUGCUGGUGUUGGAGCUGGAGCUGCUGGCGCUGGAGGCGAGGGUGCUACUGGUGCUAGAGGUACUGCGACUACUGGAGCUGGUGGUGCUGCUGGUACUGGAGGUGCUGGUCGUCCGAGCGCUACUGAUCGCGGAGGUGCUCGCACUUUGGGUGUUGGAGCUGCCGGGGCUAGUAGUGCUGCGGACCCUGGAGCUGGUGGUACGGCACAGUUGCGCCUAUUCUUCGCUCCGCCGUCUCCGUCGUCCCUGCCGCCGCCUGACACCGUGCUUCGCCAGGUUCUUACCCUCCCGUCUUCUACUGGCCUCCCGUUACAGCCCGACUCUCCGCUGCCUGCGCCGUCUCCUUACCCUGUGCAAUCUAAGUCGCCUUCAGAGCGUCGUGAGCCUGCAUCACGUCCUGCCUCGCCUGUUGGCACUGUUCGCACUGCUCGUCGUGUGCCUCGUCCACGUCCUCCCCCUGUGCCAGGUGUUCACACUAUGGCACUUCGUCCUUCCUCUGUUCCUCUGCGCGUUCCCCCCUGCCGUCUCCUCCUGUGUCUUCUCUGCCUGACGUCCCGGGCCUCCGCUGCUGCGUCUGCCUUGGUCGCUGAGCUUGUUGACUUUGCUGCUGCUUGUCGUCUUGACUACACUGCUACUCUAGUUGCUGAGUCUGAGUCUGUCUGUCCUCCGUCCGUCGGGGGUGAGUGUGCUCUAGGCACGGACGUCCUUGAGGACAGGCAGGAGGACUUUAACUGUCUUGCCGUCGCUGCGCCUCAUCUCGUGGCCAUGCUGCUUGCCCCUGAGGGAGACCCAGAUGCACUGGACAUCCCGACCCCGCGCUCUUACGCAGAGGCAACCUCGGGUGACUACUCCUCUCAGUGGCAGACAACCAUGGACGCAGAGAUGGCAUCCUGGAAGUCCACAGGCACUUACGUCGACGAGGUUCCCCCUCCUGGGGCGAACAUCGUCGAUGGCAUGUGGAUUUUCAGGGUGAAGCGGCCGCCGGGUUCUCCGCCUGUCUUCAAGGCUCGUUAUGUUGCACGAGGCUUCAGUCAGCGACAGAGAGUUGACUUCUUCCAGACCUUCUCCCCUACCCCGAAGAUGACUACUCUUCGGGUGCUGCUGCACGUUGCCGUUCAGCGUGACUACGAGCUUCACUCUUUUGACUUCAGCACAGCUUUCUUGCAGGGCAGUUUGCACGAGGAGAUCUGGCUGCGCCGCCCACCUGGCUUCACUGGGUCAUUCCCUCCUGGUACCCAGUGGAGCCUCCGGCGGCCAGUCUACGGUCUCCGUCAGGCGCCUCGUGAGUGGCACGACACACUGAAGACGACACUUGCGGCUCUUGGGUUUGCUCCCUCCACUGCUGACCCGUCGCUGUUUCUGCGCACUGACACUUCGCUGCCGCCGUUCUACAUCCUCGUGUACGUCGACGACUUGGUCUUUGCCACUGCUGACAAUGAGGCACUCGCCUUUGUGAAGUCGGAGCUGCAGAAGAGACAUACGUGCACAGACCUGGGUGAGCUGCGCAGUUACCUUGGCUUGCAGAUCACCCGGGACAGAGCACGCUGCACCAUCACCUUGACUCAGUCACACAUGGUGCAGCAGGUCCUUCAGCGCUUCGGCUUCCAGUUCUCCUCGCCACAGUCCACUCCUCUGGCUACUGGUCACUCGCUCUCAGCUCUGCCUUCGGAUGAGUCCGUAGAGCCGAGUGGCCCGUACCCAGAGUUAGUGGGCUGCCUCAUGUACCUGAUGACCUGCACUCGUCCUGACCUCGCGUACCCUCUUGGCCUUCUGGCACGCUACGUGGCUCCUGGUAGACACCGAAAGGUGCACUGGGAUGCUGCGAAGAGGGCUACACAGCGGUCGUCACAGGGUUACACCUUCAGCCUUGGCUCUGGUUCUGUUUCUUGGCGUUCUACACGCUCUUCUUCUAUUCUCAGCUCUAGUUGUGAGGCUGAGAUCUACGCCACAGCCAUGGCUGCACAGGAGCUACGCUGGCUCACCUACCUGCUGACCGACUUGGGAGAGCGGCCUCGUUCCCCUCCAGUUCUGUACAUAGACAACAAGGCUUCCAUUGCCUUGUGUCAUGAGCACAAGCUGGAACACAAGACGAAGCACAUCGCUCUGCGUUACUUCUUGGCUCGAGAGUUGCAGCAGCGUCGUCAGCUUCGUCUCACUCACGUGGACACUCGGGCCAACACUGCUGAUAUAUUCACCAAGGCACUUCCGUCUGGUGAUCAUCAGCGUCUGUGUCCUCUUUUAGGCCUGGUGCCAGUUUCGUCUCACUUGCUCACCUCGUGA